CAGUAUUUCAUGAGGAGGGGCGAGUACGCUGACUACAUGAACAUGUGGGGCUGGGGAAACAACUGCAUCAGGUCCUGCCGCAUGAUCCCCAUGGUAUGGUAUUACAUGUAAUAUUUUUUUAGUAUGCCUAUAUCCCAUGAAGUGUUUUUGCCCUAAAAUGACAGUGUUUGUCCUCUUCCCAAACAGCACAGAGGAUCCUACAGAAUGAGGAUCUACGAGAGGGACAACUUCAUGGGUCAGAUGUAUGAGAUGACGGACGACUGCGAUUCCUUCAUGGAUCGUUACCACUGGUCCAACGGCUGCAUGUCCUGCCAUGUGAUGGACGGCCACUGGCUCAUGUACGAGUAUCCCCACUACAGAGGCAGGAUGUGGUACUUCAGGCCUGGAGAGUACAGGAACUUCAGAGACUACGGUGGCAUGAGGUUCAUGAGCAUGAGGCGCAUCAUGGAUUCCUGGUAUAACUGAG